AUGGCGAUCAACGUCUUUUACGGCAGGCAACGCCGAUUUGGAUCCCGCCGAUUGACUUACCUCGUCCUUGUCCUCAUUGUAUUUGUCUAUGCGACUUACACCACCUUGUCCCCAGUUGCAGUGACACUCGACACCUCCGACGAUGCCGCAAGCAAGCAUGGCUCCAGCAAGAUCAAAAGCUCCGUAUCGGGCCUCCGUAACUCUCUCACUAAAGGUGUGACAGAGCUGAACCCAUUCCGGGGACCUGCCCAUGCGCCCCCGGUUCGAGCUCAAGAUUCAUUUCAAGGAACCUCGUGGUGGGCUGACUGGAAAUGGCUAUCUGUACCUUUCUCCAGCUCACUUACUCUUGACGAGGAUAGGGCUCUGCUCCCUCCGAUCCAUGACCGUCCUUUUGUUUACUGCUAUUAUGAUGCGACUGUCAAGAAAUCGAGGGAAGAGAAGGAUGCUGAAAGCGACCUGCUCUUGACUUGGAGACGAGCUUGGUGGGCGCAAGGUUUCCGACCAACCAUUCUGGGAGCUUCAGAAGCAACAGCAAACCCCAAGUAUCAAGAACUACAGAGGCAAAAGGUGCACCCGGAACUAAAAGCCGACCUAAUGAGAUGGCUGGCCUGGGAAUCCAUGAGCACUGGCUUCUUGGUAGAUCAUGCUCUAUUCCCUAUCGCACAUACUGAAGAUCCUCUCCUGGUGUUUCUCAGAAGGGGUGAAUAUCCUGCUUUGACCAGGUGGAAAGGCCUUGAAGGCGCACUCCUUGUAGGUCCCAAGGAGGAUGUUACCAAGAACAUCCGAAAGUUGCUGGACUCGCCCGCGCUGAAAACUGUCAAGAGCGUUAUUGAAGGAUCGGCAAAGGAUGAUUUCAAAGUGGACAAGGCACAAAAUGCAUUGGUUCAUUACAGCCCAGAGAUCAUCAUGAAGCAGUAUGCCAAAAUCUAUGACAGUCUUACUAAUGCACGUGCCAGAGGUCUCGGAGCUCUUAACAGACUAAUCAACGCUCACCUACACGCUGUCUGGCAGAGUAGCUUCUCUGGUGGCAUUGAAGUUCUCAAGCCUUUCCCCGAAUACACCACAGAGAUGACAGUCCCAGCUCUCAAGCUCGCCAAUUCACUGGCUUUCUGCCCUGAUAGCCCCAUUCCUUCGUCAUGCCCUCCUGGAAUUUCAGGCUGCGCACACUGUGCUGCCGGCACUACGUCUAUGAAGGUCAUCACUCCUGAACAGUAUGAGAACUCGACCGGCACAUUUGCCAUCGGCACCGUUCCUCAUCCGUGGACCCUUGCUACUUUAACCAGUCGCAAUGAGAAGGUGGACGUCAGUUGGAUUCGCAAAGAGGCCCCUCGGGACCCCUGGCUUGAGACGAUUACUAAAGGGCUUUUGGGCUCGACAGUCUCCAGCCAUUCACGCAUCAUGCACUUUAAACGGGCCGUAGCUGACGAACAUGCUCCGACUCAUGCACUUUGGUUGACAGCUGAAUCUGAUGUUCCUCCAGACCUGGAGUGGUAUUUUGGAUUUCGUGUUCCCAAGGGUUUAGGAGAGUCAUAUAUAGCUGGGGGUAACAAACCAGAAGAGAAGAUCGCGCAAGAGAAAGGUAGGGUUGACAAGCCAGCAAGGAAAGAGCGUGCAGAGAAGAUGAAUGUGGAAACAAGGCUCGAAAAGCCCCAACCUCGACCAGACGAUAGUUCCAAGAAAGUCCUCACUCCUCAAGAGAAGCAAUCCAAGGAAAAGGCUCUUCUAGAACACGCCAAAAAGAUUGUUGCCUUCAAGAAAUCGACCGACCAUACUCGACGACGUGCAUCGCUCGAGGCCUGGAAUUUGGCCGACACAGAAGCGUGGAAGUUUGCGCGCGCCUUUCUUGCACGCCGCAGUAUGGAAAGAAUUGAAUGGGAGAAACAGGAGUCCAAGUAUAGCGGCGGUUCUGGGUCUGAAAAGGGUCGCAGUGCUUGGAGUCGUUGGAGGGAUUCGAAGGAGAGGGAGUAA